AUGAAGCCUGACAUUAUUCUCCAGAAGCCCAAUGCUCUCCCUUACACUAUUCGCGGACUUGCUAUUCGCUGGAUCGGUCCUCCUGCAAGAGCCCGAGAGAACCGCCUCCUGGCCCUGGCCCCGGCCCCACGAACCGUUUCCGUUGGCGAUUUCAUCUAUAUUCCCUGCAGCCUGACGUCAACCGUUGUCGCCUCUGCCCUUCCUCAGGGCUUCCUCUGGGCGCCCUCAGGCGAGUUUUCUUCUCCAGUGCGCUUGGCGUGA